CUCCCGGGCACGCUUUGUAACAGCGAGCAACUUGGACAGCUGCGUGUUUUCAACCCAGCCAUCAACAAAGAAUGAAAGCAGUCAAACGACCUCUCGAAGAGGAUCGUCAACCGGAGCAGGAGCACACCUCAGCGGACAGCGAUGACGACUCCCCGCUCGACCUGUCAGGAAGGGGGCUCGCUGGGAAGCGCCGUCGCCGUGGUAACCUGCCCAAGGAGGCGGUGCAGAUCCUCAAGAACUGGCUGUACGAGCACCGCUUCAACGCCUACCCAUCAGAGCAGGAGAAACAAAGUCUGUCGACCCAAACCAAACUCACUGUGCUGCAGAUCUGUAACUGGUUCAUCAAUGCACGCCGUCGCCUACUCCCUGAACUGCUUCGCAAGGAUGGCAAAGACCCCACCAAGUUCACCAUCUCUCGCAAGGUUGGCAGUAGAAAUGAAGGGCACACCUCCAACGGAGGUGGCGUCUCCCUUUCAGAAAGCCACUCCUCUACCAGGCCAUUGCCGCAGCGCCCAUACGUUCAGUCUACCCGAGUUUUGGACCUUAGUGUUCUUGGGUGCACAGCAACAGCUAUUCUAACAGGAGCAGGCUACCCUGGUAAGGAUGUAUCAGACCAGACACUGAUGAAGCUGGAUACAAUGAGUCUGGUAGGGAAAGCAAAAGAACAAGGGGCUCAUUUUGCAGGUUUUGCCAGAAAGAAGGCAGCUGCUAAGGCCAAUUGCCUCUUCAGCACACCUCCCUCCUCUCCUGCAGAUCAGUACCCUGUCCCGGACUUUAGUGCUUUGCGCCUCCUGGCAGAUGUAGCUGCACUGAAAGCUAUAGAGUUUGAAAACGAGAUGAAACUUAAGAGCCAGAAUAAAUCCACAGAGACUGAACAAGCAGAGCCACAGAACAGCACUUGCAGUAGAGACAUAGGUCUAACACCUCCUCCAGAGGACAACCAACAAGUCAUGGAUCCUUCCAGGGUGCAGCAUCUGAUGGAGAAGGCUAUGGCUGUUCCAGCAUCAGAUGUACCUUCAAGAACUGAUUCAGUGCCUGUGAGCUCAGAAGCAUCUCUUCCAGCUCUCCCAGCUCCACUCUUGAUCUCAGCCCCAGCGAUAUCACCUCUUCCUGUGAAUAAAGUUAUUGUUUGCCACGUGGAGAAGGAUCAGCCUCAACUCAUUAGCACCCAUCUGCCAACCAUAGUGCCAAUGUCUGCCUUAGUUUUAAAACAGCCAGAUCCUCACCAACCAGCUGCUGCUUCAGUCAUCACCACAGCUCCACCAGUUUCGUCCUCGAGUUUCAACUGCUGCCUUGGCUUCAGCCCCAUGUAUAUCCACUAUCACACCUCCUCUUGGCCUCAGUUCCCAGCACACCGCUUCUCAGGAGGCCUCGUCCCUGAGCAGUGCGAGCACCAGUAG